UAAUCAGUCCCUUGUUGAGAUUCUUACUCAGGUUUUUUCACUCUCUUAUUAAUCUUCCUUAUUCUCUAACACUUUUUAUAUGUUUUCUCUGUUUUUGUCUGUGCAAAACUUUAUUUUACCGAACUGAUUUUUCAUUCAUUUUUGCUUUCUUUCUUACAAUCAUGUUUACCUGCGCUAAGCAUGUUUCCUUGCUGACUUACAUCUAAUCUAUACUUCUAGUUCUUAUACUCAUCUUACAUUCUAGAGCUUAUCUAACAACUCUCUUAUCAACUCUCAAUUAUCAACUCUCAAAUCAUUUUUAAACUUAGUUAUCUUACUAGUUACAUACUUUUAGUUUCGUAGACUAAUCUUAUUAACUAACUCUUAACAUGAAUAUUGUUUGAACCGAUAAACUAGUAAAGAGAAAGGGACGAGAACUCGUCGGUGGGUUGAGACAAAGGCGUUUAUUAGAUCAAGGAAUCGUUCGUGGUGUUACAAAAAAGGAAAGAAGUGGUGGAAACUAGCCGGCGAAAGCUAGUUCGCCGGAAGGUACAAGUCGGCGAGAGUAAAGAUAUAAAACCCUAGUUUCUAGCCGAAAGUAAGUGUGUGGUCAUUUGCGGAUCCCUCCUUCGCUACCUCUUUCUCCCCUUUUACAGGCGGUUGCUCGUGUACCUAAUUCGUCUUGAUCUAAUGGGUCUUUUCGUCAAUUGGGUCGAACUGUCGGGCCGCUGUUUCGAGUUGUCGAAUCGACUGCUUCCAGUCGCUCGUUUGGUCGGCUAAAAAUAGUCUCAAGUCGAGCUGAUCGGUCGCUCUCGAGUCGACGAACCGAGUUUCUCCCACAUAGUCAUGUGUUAAGAUAACUAUCUUGUGGGUCUUUAGGGAGGGUCAGACCCAUACCCAACAAAUAUUCACUUGUAACUACUACUUACAUAACUCUUCUUUGGUUCGGUUUAACCUUAACCGGUUCGCUUGCUUUAUUUAGUUUCACCGAGUUUAAACGAUUCAUGUUUUUGGUUCGGUUAAAUCUUAAUUCGGUUCGCUUGGUUUAUAGGAAUAGACUAUUAAUUUGGUUUACGCGAAUGUCACCAAUUUGGUUCGGUUGAACCUUAGCCGGUUCGCUUUCCGUAUUUAAUUUCAUUAAUGUGCUUAACACGAUUCAUGGUUCUAGUUCGGUUGAAUAUUUUUAACUGUUUUAACGGUUAUAAAAGAACCACAUAUUGUUAGUUGCUUCCAAGAACCUCUGAUACGACUCAAUCUUUCAGAGAGCGCCCAUGGAUUCUUCAAAGCGUUCCUGGUCGUUGUCGACGCUGCCACCGGAGUUAAUAGAAGAAAUACUCUACAGGGCUCCGCCUGAAUCUCUGAUCCGAGCAAAACCGACGUGCAAGGAAUGGUACUCUCUCAUCACCAGCAAGAGAUUCAUCUACAAUCACCUCGAUCGCUCUCGCAAAAGAUUCGUAAGAACCGUUGGUACGGUGCAAAUCUUGGAUCCGGUGACAAGAACACGCUCAGAGACACCACUCCCAAAAGAGUUCCAACGUCCAUAUGGUGUAAGAACGAUGGUUCACUGCGAUGGGCUCUUGCUCUGUAUGUGUGGUUACUUUAAUUACAGAAACACCAACCUCGCACUUUGGAAUCCCGUUUUGAAGAAAAUCACAUGGAUGAAACCCUCGACGUGUUUCACAACAUCUGAUUACUACGGAAUUGGAUACGAAAUCAAGAAGUCUCGUUAUGAGUACAAGAUCCUGAGGUUUACUGAUCACCGCUAUGAUCAUAAUGUUACGUAUGAUGAAGAUGGACCGGAGGUUGAGGUAUACGAGUGCAAGACUAACUCCUGGAGAACUCUUGACACCGAGGUUGAUUGGCAAGUAGACCUCUCGUGCAAAGGUGCGGCUGUGAUGGGGAACAUGUACUGGGUUGCUAGUAAAGAUGAUGAACAAUAUAUUCUAGGUUUCGAUUUCUCUGUUGAGAGAUUCAAGGACGUAUGCUUUUGUCCUCCUCCCGCUUUCAAUAAUUAUCUAGCUUGUUUCGAUGGAGAUAGCUUGUCUUUGCUACAGCAAGAUGAAGAAGAACCAUGGCAUAUUGUGGUGUGGCUUACAAACAAGUUGGCUGAUGUGGAUGUCUUGUUCACCAAGUAUUUCAGUGUGUCACGAUCAGAUGUUCCGGCGUUACUGGACCAUACAGAUAUGGCUAAUCCGGUAUACUUCAUUGGCAAGCAUAAACGUAUCAUAGCAUGGUGCGAGCGAGAGGUAUUUGGAGGUGAUGAUGAGAUUCCUCCUACUUGCAUCAUUUUUAAUGAAAUCGAUGAGGGUGGGGUAAGAACACAACUUGAGACAGAACGACACUGCGGGUAUGGCUAUUUUGGGACUUUCUUUUGUGGCUACGUGUACGUUCCAAGUCUGGUCCCUCUUCCUGUAUAAGAGGUGGACAAGAGAGAGAGAGAGAGAGAGGGUUUUGUUUCAUGUUCUAAGUUUAGUUUUAGUCUUUGUGUUGUUGAUCUUCUCCACUGUAAAAAAUGUUACUGUAAUCGACAUUGGCUUUUGUUUUAUGACAUUCUUGAGAGGAUUUGGGUUAUGGUCUGUCGGAGCAAAUGGAAGUACGAGAAUCAUGGAGAUGAUAGAGUUUGAGUUGGUCAUUAUCGGUUUUGUUUCGGUGUUUAUCUUGUCGAGUCUUGAGGCUCAAGUCUUGUUAGUAGUUAUCCUAUUUUAAUAGCUUAAGUUUUCAGAGUUUUCUAUUGAGUUGUAAGGCUAUAUAAAGCCAUAUGUUUUCUAUGAAUAAACAGAGAGGUUUUCAUAUUUCGUAGCAGAGCUUUAUACUUUACAAAGUGGUAUCAGAGCUCCGUUGCAAAAACCUGAGAGAUGGGAGAUGAUAAGAUGAAGUUGUCGCAGUUCUACGGCCAUUGGGAUCACUGGAGCGAAGUGAUGGAGAAUUUCUUCCGAGCCAAGGGAUUAUGGAGCGUGAUUGAAACCAGCUACGAGGAACCGACGGACACAACAGUAUUGACAACCGAGCAGAGAGAGCUGCUUGACAACGCCAAGACUAGUGACCACAAGGUGAAGCAUUACCUUUAUCAAUCAAUUGAUAGGGUAACGCUUGAGCAGAUCUUGGAUAGGAGAACAUCCAAGAUCAUCUGGGAGUCAAUGAAAAAGAAGUUUGGUGGAAACGAUCGUGUGAAGAGGUCGUUGCUUCAAAAGCUCAGAAGAGAUUUUGAGUUGCUUGAGAUGAAAGAUGCCGAGAAGGUGGAAGAGUAUUUCACAAGAGUUCUGGCUAUCACAAACCAGAUGAGAAGUAAUGGAGAGGAGAUGCCAGAUGUAAAGGUGGUGGAGAAAAUACUCAGAACCUUAAGUGAGAAGUUUAUUUAUGUUGUAGUCUCCAUAGAAGAGUCUAAGGAGAUCGAAAACAUUACACUGGAGGAACUGCAAAGUUCAUUGGUAGUACAUGAACAGAAGUUCAGAAAACCAGAAAAGGAAGAUGAUAAGUUGUUGAUUGUGACUCAAGGCAGAGGAACAGGAAGCAGAGGAAGAAGCUUCAAUGGAAGAGGUAGGGGAAGAGGACGAGGUUGAGGCUUCACAAAUAGAAGCACCGUCGAAU